AUGGGUUUCAUGACGGAGAGCGAGAAGGCCAUCUUCGAAGAGAUGAUCAACGUCCGGAAGAUGACGAAGCUCUUCUGGAUGCCCUGCGUCUGGGCGGCCACCAUCGCGACUCGCGCGCGGAAGGAGGGCCGGAUCAAGGACGACCAUGCGCUCAAGACCAUUCUUGACCACAUCAACGACAUCCGGAACCUCUGCGGCAAAUGCCAUCACAUCGACAUCAUCAACAUUCCUCUCGUCUACUCCCAAGUGGUGUCGAUAGCCGUCUACGUCUUCUUCGCGUCUUGCCUAAUGGGAAGGCAAUUCUUGGACCCUGGCAUGAAAUACCCUCAUCACACAUUGGACUUUUACAUCCCUUUCUUUACCAUCUUCCAGUUCAUGUUCUAUAUGGGAUGGCUGAAGGUGGCCGAGACCCUCAUCAAUCCUUUCGGCGAAGACGACGAUGACUUCGAGCUCAACUGGCUCAUAGACCGACACAUCAAGGUGUCGUACAUGAUCGUGGACGAGAUGCACUCCCACCACCCCGAGCUGAUUCGAGACCAAUACUGGGACGAGAUCUUCCCGGAGGCUCUGCCCUACACGCCGGAGACAGUGGGAGACCAGCACAGGAUCCUCGAGAACUCCACCGACGAUCGGUUCAUCCCCAACUUCCUCCGGGCCACUUCCCAGGAGUCCACACGGAUGAAACCCGUUUCAUCAUCGGCGACACUGAUGGCAGGUUCCCUCAUGUCCCUCGUGACCAAGUUCUUCAACAAGGACGGCACCCCACACCUACCCACCGUACUCGAGGACAUAGACGGAGACUCGGAGGAACUGAAGGCGCUGGACAGGGCCGAAGACUCCCUGAAGACUUCGAAGACGGUGCCUCGAUUCGACGCGCAGAGGAGCGUGGAGGAGAAGCCGCUGCGGAUCGAAUUGCCUGGCUACUCGUCGAGCCAGGGGACGAUCAACGACUACCUCAUCAACUUUGCCCCUUCGUCCAACUCUCUCCCUUCCGGUCUCGAGUACGAACGGUGAAACGAAAAAGAGGCUC